GGUAACGCCAUUAUUUAAUGAAAAAAAUGAUGUAACUUUCAAUUCAUUCAAUCUUCAACUUAUAUUUUGCUACUUUUUUGAAACCGUAGAGAAUUAGCAUUUCGACGCUUAGUUUUACAUUAUAUUGACAAAGUCUAUUCACUUUUUCUUUUUCUUUUGUUUUUUCUUAGAAAAAAUAUAAAUAAAUAAAUUGAUCUAUUAAGACUCCAACUCCAACAUCAACAAGGCCAAAAACCAUUCCCACGGCCGAAGAUGGGUCAGGAAACAUCGCAUCUCAUCGACCCGAACAUGCCGCCGGAUACUCUAUCUGAUAGAAGUAUCCGUGCUGUCGCACAGUUAAUCAAAGAUGGCAAAGCAAAAAAUAUCGUCGUCAUGGCCGGCGCUGGUAUCUCUACCGCGGCUGGAAUACCCGACUUUCGUUCCCCUAAGACGGGACUAUACCACAAUCUUUCUCGCUUCAACCUCCCACAUCCCGAAUCUGUCUUCGAGAUUAGUUUCUUCUGCACCAACCCGGAGCCUUUCUACUUGUUGGCCAAGGAACUGUACCCGGGUAACUUCAGCCCGACGGUCUCGCAUGCAUUUAUUGCUCUGCUGGCUAAGAAGGGCCUGCUUCGUAUGUUGUUCACCCAGAACAUUGACUGUCUGGAGCGCGCCGCCGGUGUUCCUCCGGAGAAGAUAGUCGAAGCUCACGGAAGCUUUGCUACCCAGCGGUGCGUAGAAUGCCACACCGAGUUCCCCGAUGACUUGAUGCGCGAGCACGUCACCCGCGGCGAGCCCCCGCGCUGCAUUCGCGAGGAUUGUAACGGCCUCGUCAAGCCGGACAUCGUCUUCUUCGGCGAGCCGCUCCCCAAAGCGUUCUGGAAGAACAUCUUUGCGACUGAUACCACCGACCUAAUGCUUAUUAUGGGCACCAGCUUGCUCGUGCAUCCGUUCGCCAGCUUGCCGCGCCGCGCGAAGGAAGGCACGCCGCGGGUGCUUUUUAACCUUGAAAGGGUGGGCGACAUGGGCACGCGCGUGGACGACGUCCUGGUUCUCGAGGACUGCGACUCCGGGAUCCGGAAGCUGGCGGACGAGCUGGGGUGGCGCGACGAGCUCGAGGCGUCGUGGAGGGCUGUGGUAGGGGAGGAGGAGGCGAACCGGCAACUCUCCAAGACGCGGAGAGAGGAGGGGAUCCUCGACGAGCUGGAGAAGCUGGUCGAGGACGUGGAUAAUAAGUUGGGCAUUUCCGAGGGUGGCGACGGCAAAUCCGAGGCUAACGUCGCGAAGCAGGGAGAGGGUGCAACGGCUGGUGGAUCGAGCAAACCGGAUACUAUUCAGGAGAGCGGUAAGGAGAGCGCUGCGCCUGGUGAUGCAGCACAGCUCGUGGACGACGGCGAGACGGUUCCAGAGAAGAGCGCUGAGGAAGAAGGUCGCAAGGAAGAUCGGAAGGGGGAGGGAAAGGACGCGGAGGCCCUAGACCAAGGUAACGCAAAGAUGAGCUAUGAGCCCAUGCCACCUACGAAGGAGAAACCUGUUACGGAAGAGGAUGGGCUCAAGACGGAGGAUAAAGGCGACGGCGAUAAACCUGCGCUAUAGGCUUGCCUUUAGGGGGUUUGGCGUGGUAUAUACUUAGAUGAAUCAGGUACAUAUACUGGGCGGUGAUGAGACUUUGGUGUCGGCUUGCGGGUUUCGAUUGUUGAGUUCGGGCUGGUGGAUCGCGAAUCGCAUACAGAUCGAUAUAGGCAUUAUUCUGCACGGGGGAUAGGUUGGUGACCAUGCAUAUAUGUUUGGAGGGAGGAGAGAGAGAGAGAGAGAAUAUAUACCCACUACCUAGGUCAGUGUUCUAUGAUGUGAUAGAGAUGAGUAACUAGGUUCUUUUUGGUUGGUCUGCAAUUAGAUAUCUACACAUAAAGAGGCGGUACCUAUACAGUAAAUAAGGGCUGAGAAAAGAUAUAUAGGAAAAGGCUGUUCGAACAGACAGCGUUUCCUAGGGCUUCGUUUGUAAGAGACGGUGUAGUUACAUAUAUCUGCAUGCACCUCUCAACACUCAAAGCAUCUGGAAUCGGAUAUCGAGAUAGAUAUUGUUUCCUUAGAAGCCUACAGGUAGGUAUCUAAA